AGCUGAGCGACAGACGCAAACGCGCGAGAAACCCGAGAAACGCUUGUUACCGAUCGCAAAUCCCAUCGAUUACAAUAACUGCCAAAAUACUGGCAAUCAGCGGCGUGUGCUGCACCAGUUCAAAGUGGGGGCCAUUGUUUGCAGGGGCAAACACACAGUGUUCAGUGGAUUAAAGUGCUGUUAAAGUGAAACGAGCUGCGGCAAUUGCAUUGACAAAGGAAGUGGGCAAAGUGAGUGAACGGGUUUCGGCCAGUAUUUUCACCUGGCCAAAUCAGAGAGCCGACACAGCGCGUCAGUGAAUGCAAUUCCGAUUUCGAAACACACAGAAACGAAAGUCUGGCGAAGAAAGUUCUCCGCCGAAUGCAAAAAUUUAAUUACCAAACAAUUUGAGCUCCUGAAGGAAUUACACAGCCUUGCCAGCGAUAAGAGAGCAGAGCUUAAUCGAAUCGCGGACCUUGGCAUGCGAGUGCAGCUGCAAGGCGAAGGAUAAUGAAAAUGUGUAGCCAGGCCAUCGACGGGGCGAAAUUAAAAGCAAACAGCCACAGAAAGCGGCGAUGCAGUCCGCUGCUGUGCGGAAUUAUCCUGCUCUGCCAAGUAGCGAUGAUGCCAGCAGACGCAUCGGAAUCCGGAGCGCUUUAUAGUCAACCCCUCACCACGAUGGCUGGUCAGCCGCGCAACGACGACACCUUCCGACCCAUCCUGCCCAUCGACAUCAGUCCGGAGUUCAUUUCCCGCAAUGUCUUCACCAAGUCGGGACAGUACAGGGUCUUCCAGCCGGCGGAAAGUGAGAGCGAUCUCCGCCUGACGGUGGCCAUGAGGCGCAGGAACUUCAAGCACCCAUCGGAAAAGCCGCAAAAAGAGGAGCCCAAGGGUCCAACAGUCAACGCGAGCAACAGCUCUGCCUCAAUCGAAGCCGAGUUGAAGGGCCUGGAGGAUCUACUGGUGGACUAUGUGGAGCAGUUCUUCAGCCAGGGCAAAUUCGAACCCACUCCCGGCUUGGUCCUGGCCCUUCAGCAGAACCACUCGCACCCACAACUGCAAAAUGGAAAGCGCACCACCCGCAGCAUCCUGGAGGACACCAAUGUUGAGCUGAAUGUUCCCAGAGCUUUCGAAAGUGCCCGGUUGCUUUUCUUUAGCGGUUUGAAGAAGGUGAUGUGGCCGAUUUACAUGGGUUUGCAAGUGCUGAAGAGCGUGCUCUUUGCCAUGUUCCUGCCGACCAUUAUAAGCAGUGUUAGCCGACUGAUUGGAAAGGGUAUCACAUCCGGCUCGGCUGGCUCUGUGCCGUUGUUCAUCCGCCCCAUGGAACCGCCGCAGGAACUGGACUUCCGGGACAACAGCAUGAACUUCGAUGACGACAGCAAGUUUUCCCUGGGCGAUGAGGGAAAGACUCCAGCUGGCUACGAGUACAAUGCAGAGGCUUCGCAGCAGCAGGCGCAAUAUGCUCAGGUCAACGGAAAUUCGGUGAAUCAGGCCACUCUUUCGCGCUACGGAGGUCAGCAGAUGAUGCAGGACACGUAUCUCAGUGCCCUGCAGAGCAUUGGUGCUGCGUCCUUUAAGAACUCUCAGAGCAUGUCGGGAUCCUUCAGUGCCGGAGCUGGUGGUGGUGCUGCUCCAGGGAUGACGAAGAAGCCAACGCCGGCGGUGAUGAACACGUUCCAGAGCUUCCAGAAGGUGCCCAGCUCAUCGCUGCUCUUGUCCAACUACGAUCCCUUCUACAGUCCACUAUUGUCGCGAUUGGACUCGGUUUUUGCCCAGCUAAAACUGAAUCCGGAGAACGAGGCUUGCCGCGAGAAACUCAUCUGCCUGAUGUACGCCAAUCCCGCAAAGUAUGCUCCGUUCAGCAACCUGGUUUCCGCCCAAUUGAGCAGGGAACUGAACGAGUUACGAAAACCGACCUCCGACAACCCGGACAUUCUGCGGUUUUUCAAGUACAUGCGGGCGGCAAAGGACGGCCAGGAUGGCGUCGACUGCGACGAGUCCUUCGCCAAGUGCAAGGAGCUGAAGGACUUCGAGAACCCGGCCAUGCUGUCCACCUACAACGACAUCAACAAACUGGUCCAGGCCCGCAAGCUGACGUAGUCGGAGUCGCAAAGUCACACGGAAUAUUUCUGAUUAAGGUCGAGAUGACAGCAGAGUUCGCAGGAGCCACGUCUAAAUUCCGACUGACUGGGCCCCUGUCUUCUGGGACUGGGAGGUGUAAUUAUGCAAAUCGUACUCUAGAUAGGAUAGCCUAGCCAUAUAUUAAAGUUCGUUAGACGCUCCACCGGCGGCAGCUGUCAGCGGUGGGAGGGGGUGUGGUGGCAGGGGCGAGGGCGGGGCUUCAUUAAUACGCUGUAAAUAUAAAACUUUGUUUCGUAGUUUAAUUAGCGCGAACACCAAUUACUGGAUGAUGCUGUUGUAUUUAGCCAUUUAGAUGAAUAUUCUUAAGUAUUUAUUUCUAGCCUACGACUAUGUUUAAACUUAAUCUAUUCUAUUUUUAAAUAUUUAUUCUGUUGUUGUUAUGCGAUUAGUCAGCGAGAGUUGUUCAAUGUCCUAAAUAAUCAAUAAAAUUAUG